GGCUCUCAGUUUUCUGUAACCAGUCGUGGCACGCACUCGUGUAGUCGCGUCGUCGUCGCGUCGUCGCACUCGCCAUACAUGACGAUGAGGAGAGAUUCGGCGAACUACUUUCGCCCUACCACCUAACUUUUACGGCAUAUUUUGCAUUCGGACUAUGUGCCUCGCGGAAACUUAAAAAGUUUCAAAUUUAAUUAACGCGUAGUGUAUAUUUUGGUAAGCAGGCAUUUUGCCAACAUCAUUCAAUUUUGAUUCCAAUUUUAUUGAUCAUGUUGAUGCUGUUCGUUAGUAAAUAAAACAUUUUUUGAAAUCAUUCCUCAGCAAGAUAAAAGUGUUAACAAGUGUUAAAGUGAUAUGAAUUUAAUUGACUCAAUUAUUUAGAGACUUUAAAAAAAUUGUGAUGAAUAUUAAGAAUAGACAUGGAAGUGAACAAAACAGAAUGCGCGUCUAGCCUUCAAAGUACAACGUCUAGUCCACGGAGCCCAGUUAGGAUUUUAUCUGGUCCUCCUAAAAAGUCCGUAGCAUCGAGGCUAUGGGACCUUUUGCAACCAAUUGCGAGACUUUGGGGUCUUGUUACAGCUGUAGUUAUGAGCGGGGCUGGGGCUGAAUUGCUCGUGUUGGGGUACGAAGUGGCUCCCGGUCUGCUAGUCGGGGCAGGCCUAGUCCUCAUUCUGGAGACGAUGUGGGUAGCAGCACUGUUCGUGGACCUGCUGUGUCGCCGCGGGGAAUACACGCUAUCCCUGCGCUGUUGGGAUUUCACGCGGUGGUCGUGCGGGCGUGCGCGCGCCCCCUUCUACGCGUGCGCGGCGACAGCCAUACUGUUUGCUAACCUUACCCUACUUGCUACUGUUGCAGGUGGAAUGCUUCUAGUCUUAGCUGCGCUUAGAGCUGCAGUGCCCUUUUCUCCUUAUGCCACACACGGGCCUCAUUCUCCAAGAGCUGGCAGCUCGUUGCUCAGCCAACACGACUCACCACUGCCCGAUGUGUUCUACAACGCGGCGCAUUCGGGUGAAGACAGAUCGGAAGAAAUGACAGUACUGGAAGUGAGAUCAGAAAGACCUCGGUCUGCGACACCAAAGCCACCACUACUUGAACUGUGAAAGUUUAUUUCCCUUUGGUUCUAUUUAGCCAGUGAGAAUAUUAAAAUGUGCUCAUAGUUAUAAAUCUAGGACGGUAACUGAGAUUGAUAAGAUCGUAAACGCGAUUGAUAGAAGCCAGUUGUUUAAUUGUCUACCCAUUUAUUUUAUGGUACUGAUAAAGUAUAAUAUGGUCUAGUAGGUAUUUUAAUCACAAGCUAAUUUCUUCUUUUCUGAUAUUUUUUUCUUUUUCUCCUGGUGGAAAAAAGUAGGUCAUUGGUAAGUCAUACAAAAAUAAUCGGUUUUUUUAAGGAAAAUUGAAUAAGUUCUAAUUAUGACAUGGCGUGACAGGCGUAUUUUUUACAAGCUUUUAUUUAUCUUGCAAUAUAUCUAACUACCUAUGUAUGCAUGUCGCUAUGCAUAUCGCUAUAUAUUUUUGUAAAAAAACUUAUGUUAGACUUCCUUUGUGGAACAUCUGAAAGAUGAUCAGAUACGGACUGGGUGUAAAUCAACAAAAUAAUUAGGUAAUAAGUUAUUUAUUAGUGUAGCUUAUAUAAUUUUAUACCUACAGAACAUCUGUGAUAGUAUAGAUUGUAGUCACGUGAAUCAAUGGUAAUCUAAAUCUGGCAUUAAAGUUUCUAAUAAAUCA